UGACGUUGCGUGAGACGUAGGCACGGCAGUAACGGGCGCAUAUUUUCAAAAUGGAAGAAAUUGCAAAGUUUUGGAGGGGAACACGAGAACAACAUUUAUCUGCCUUCUGAGGACUCCUGUGGGGACUGUUGCUGCACUCACCCGAUCGAGGAACAUUAUUACGAACCUUCAUGCAUCUGCAAGGCGAUUUUCAGACGGCGCGAUGAGUGUUUCGAUCGGCGACAAAAUCGAGGAUUUUAAGGUCCUCACCCUCCUCGGGAAAGGCUCCUUUGCAUGCGUUUACCGGGCAAAAUCGGUGAAGACUGGUCUGGAGGUUGCCAUCAAAACAAUCGACAAAAAAGCGAUGCACAAAGCUGGUAUGGUCCAGCGUGUGACGAAUGAGGUGGAGAUCCAGUGUCGACUGAAACAUCCUUCAAUACUCGAGCUGUACAACUACUUUGAGGACAGCAACUAUGUGUACUUGGUGUUGGAGAUGUGCCAUAACGGAGAGAUGAGUCGGUACCUUAAAGAGCGGAAGAUGCAAUUCUCUGAGGAUGAAGCGAGACAUUUCAUGCACCAAAUAGUGAAAGGAAUGCUGUAUUUACACACACAUGGCAUCUUGCAUCGAGAUCUGACCUUGUCAAACCUUCUGCUGACCAGUAACAUGAACAUUAAGAUAGCAGACUUUGGCCUGGCCACCCAGCUCAAACUCCCCAAUGAAAAGCACUUCACCAUGUGCGGGACACCCAACUACAUCUCCCCAGAGGUGGCCACUCGCAGCGCUCAUGGUCUCGAAUCAGAUGUCUGGUCGCUGGGUUGCAUGUUCUAUGCCUUCCUGAUGGGCCGCCCUCCAUUUGACACAGACACAGUCAAGCACACCCUGUCCAAAGUGGUUCUCGGGGAAUAUGAGAUGCCUGGUCAUGUUUCUCUAGAAGCUCAGGACCUGAUCCAUCAGCUGCUGCAGAGGGACCCCAACCAGCGGCCCAGCCUCUCUGCCGUGCUGGACCACCCGUUCAUGACCCAGAACCUGCUGGUCAGGACCAAGGAGCUGGGGCAAGGGGAUGAAGGGUCCAUAGACAGCGGCAUUGCCACCAUCUCCACAGCUUGCACCUCCUCCACUUCAGCCAGCAGCAGCAGCCGCCUCCAGAGGAGAACCAGGCACAUGAUUGGCUCCGCCCUGCCUAAUCGAAUGGCGCCCAUUCCAAAUCUUCCACACCAGCCCAGCAACGGCUGUUUUGAAGAUGACGACCAGUGGCAGCAGCGUCUGGUGGAUAGAUUUCACAGAGAAGGCAGGAACAGGGGGCUUCAUGGUGGAGAGAACGGGAUGCCUCAUUCCCGCUACCUGAGGAGGGCUCACUCUUCGGACCGCUCCAGCUCUUCCUCAGGCCAGGUGUUGAGUCAUGCUGAGCUGGGGAGAUGCCACUCAGAGGAGUCUCUCACUGGGUUUGGAAGACCAGUUUUCCCCAUGUCCUCCACUCAGCACCCAUUUCCAGAGCGGGGAAGGCUCCCGUCUCCCCCUGUCAGACAGUCAGCAAAUUCUGGUUAUUCAUUGUCCGAACAGACUGCACAUCCACCAAGCUUGCAAUUUCAAGACCUAGAGGGAGUUACAAAUUGGCUCAAUAAUGAUGCCUCUGGGCACAGGCCUGCAGAUGGCAGCGCUCACAGCAGCAGCGGCAGCUUCCACAGCAGCAGAGGACCUUUAGGUAUUCACAAUUCGUGGACCGACAAGCCAAUGGGCCGGGGUGUGAACCAGCACCACAACCAUCCCUCCAACUCUGACUCGUACAGGGAAAAUAUACCCGCCGCAGAGUUCCAACCGCCUCAGGGCAGAGAGUUGAAGCUCCCUGCAGCCAAACCCAGCGUGGAUAAAGAGAAGAAAACGCUCAGAGACAUCAUCCCGCCGCUGUGCGCGUACAGACUGAAGCCUAUUAGACAGAAGACCAAAAAUGCAGUUGUGAGCAUCCUGGACACAGGUGAAGUGUGUAUGGAGUUGUUAAAGUCUCAAAACGGUCAAGAGAGGGUCAAAGAAGUCCUUCGGAUUUCCUGUGAUGGUUCAAUGGUGACAAUAUACCAGCCUAAUGGUGGAAAGGGAUUUCCUGUCCUGGACUGUCCUCCUGCUCCUCCAGAAGAUAUUCUGAUUUGUAGCUACGAGGAUCUUCCAGAAAAAUACUGGAAGAAGUAUCAAUACGCCUCCAAGUUUGUGCAGCUUGUGAAAUCCAAAACUCCUAAAGUGACCCUUUACACCAAAUAUGCGAAGGUGAUGCUGAUGGAGAACUCUCCGACGGCAGACCUGGAGGUUUGCUUUUAUGAUGGUGCAAAGACCCACAAGACAUCAGAGCUGGUGAGGGUGGUGGAGAAGAGUGGGAAGUCGUACACAGUGAAGGGAGAGGUGGGGCUGAGUGGCCUGAGCCCAGAGAGCCGGCUGUACGUGGAGCUUUCAGACGAGGGACACAGCAUGUGUCUGUCCCUGGAGGCAGCCAUCACAGCAGAAGAGCAGCGCAGCACCAAGAACGUCCCUUUCUUCCCCAUUACAAUUGGCAGGAGACCUGUCAUCCCAGACUCCCUGAGCUCGUCGCCUCUGCCCUCCCACCCGGCGCCUCCUGAUGCAGGAUCACCUCCUCAACCUCCUCAAAUCACUCCUUCAAUGAUCUCCUAUGACGGGUCGGAUUUCACCACAGCCAGCCUGAAUAAGAAAAGCUCCCCAGUGCGGCAGGAUCUGGUACAAAACACAGGAAAGGUGGUGAAGUCGAUAUUUGUGCCCAAUGUUGGAUGGGCAUCCCAGCUGACAAGUGGAGAGGUGUGGGUGCAGUUCAAUGACGGGUCUCAGCUGGUGGUCCAGGCCGGAGUUUCCUGCAUCACCUACACGUCUCCUGAGGGGAGGAUCACCAGGUAUAAGGAGAAUGAGAAGUUGCCAGAGCAUGUCAAGGAGAAGCUGCACUGUCUGUCCACCAUCCUGGGACUGUUGGCCAACCCAACGGCACAUCACCUACAACCCCAUUGACACUCUUGUUUAACAAAACAUCCCGGCAGCUCAGAGGGCCUGGCAGGAAACAGAGUAGCAUUAGUAACUCAUCAUACCGUCGUUUGUCUGGUGUUCUUGUAAAUAUAUGUGUGGUUUGUUUUUUACAUGUACAGAAGACUAAGAUUAUGAAAAGAUAUAUUUUUAUUAAGUAACCAUUUUGUAUAGAGUCUCAGUUGGCUUUUGGUAAAAAUGUUUUGUGAUCCUUUUUUACUGUCUCCAAGUCUAUGAAAUGCGUGAUUCAGAAAUGCAAUAAACAUCUGGAGGCUGGGUGAAGAAAUGCUG